GCGAAAGAAUAUGACUUCUGAAAGCCCCGCGGACUAAACUUGAAACAGGGUUAGUUUCCGAAACCUGUCGGCGCAGUGCCUGCCCGGAGGGAAGUAGAUGGGUCACCGGAUGAUGAUGUCUUAAAUCUACGUUGCGCAACACUUAGUUUGAAAUGUUUGAAACAGCGCUCAUUUCAGGACCGAGGCACCUGCAUGCUGACCUCCGGGAACGGAAGGAGAGGGCCGCCGGAUUAUGACCUCAUAAGCCACGCGCUUUGACAGAACACCGGAACGGUGAUCUAUCUGUGAAGCCGAGGUGUUUUGUCUGCCCGGAAGGGGCCAGGAGGGGCGCGCGACGAUGACGUCGUAAAGCCGCGCGGCUUUAUAAUCGUACACUUAAAACCGUGCUCAUUUUCGAUCCGCACGUCAGCGCUGCUCCUAAAGCCCUGAAACAGGAAGGCGCAGAACGAUGACAUCAGAAGAUGUUACUUGCAGAAUCCCAGAAUCUACCCUGGGCUUCCCUAGUGAAGGAGUCGCUCUGCGCUACCACAUUGGGUGAAGUCGCAACCACAGGCACCGCCUAGGCUGGACCCCGCCGCAUCGCGAUUGGCUCAGCCGCCCAGAGUGACAUCUGCCUGUGACGCCGUCUUCUAGGGAUUGGCUGGAAGUGCUGUCCCCACAAAACCACUACCAUGAAGCAAGUCCACCUCUCUUUCUCAUCCUGCGGAUUUCUGGGUAUUUACCACCUGGGGGCAGCGACUGUACUGAGCAAACGCGGGCGGGGCUUGCUAUGCAAUGUCACAGGCUUUGCAGGGGCCUCAGCAGGGGCACUGGUGGCCACAGUGCUGCUGACAGCACCAGAGAGGAUAGAGGCAUGUACCAGGUUCACGUUUGCCUUUGCGGAGGAGGUCAGAAUGCGGGCACUGGGGCCCUUGACACCUGGAUAUGAUUUCAUGGCCCGGCUGAGGGGUGGCAUUGACGAGAUUCUUCCCCAGCACGCCCAUGAGCUGGCACAGGAACGGCUUCAUGUGUCAGUAACCAGCGCAGUGGAUGGACAGAACUACCUGGUGUCCAACUUCACAUGCAGGGACAACCUUAUCACGGUUCUCCUGGCCAGCUGCUUCAUACCCUUCUACGCAGGACUCAAGCCCAUGGAUUGCGCAGGGCAGCUCUGUGUGGAUGGUGGCCUGACCAACAGCCUGCCUGUGCUGCCCACGGGACGCACUGUGACCUUUUCACCCUUCAGCGGACGGGCAGAUGUGUCGCCACGGGACUUGGGGUGGCCUGGCAUAUAUGUGAGAGUCGCCAAGCAGGAUGUCAUGGUGAGUCAUGGUGUGCUUGUUGGGUGCAGUGUACAUGGGUCUGGCACAGUCAGUGUGACCCACAUAUGCAUGCCAUAUAGGAUGUCAUACAAGCAUUAUGUGUGUUUUAUUAUAUAUGUAUUGUGUGUUUGACAUGGCCGAUUACAUUUGGGUAUGUAAUUUGCAUCAUAUGUAGAUACGUACUAUAUAACAACACUGUGUGUGUACUGUAUGUGUAAUGUUUACAGUGACAUGUAUGUACACAUUAUAGUUGUGUGUAGUUCUUGCUACCCAUCCUUCAAGCUCCAGGUGGACUAUGCUACCAGAUUUCCUUGGAUCCACAAAUAAAAAUACCAUACACACAUACACGUGGACUCAUGUGAGCACACAUAUAUCAUAUAUGAAGAGUUACAUGUGUAUGUGAUAUGUAUGUCUUAUAUGUUAUCAAAUAUGUGUGUAAUAUACAUGUCACGUGAACACACACAGUACAUACAUGAAGCAUAAAUGUACAUAACAUACAUGACACGUUUGUGCAGGCCUUUAGUUCCAGCACUUGGGUGGCUGAGGCAGGGGUAUUGAGCCUUGGUGUCUGCCCAAGUCCUUUGCUCUGUCUUCAUAUGAUUCCCAGCUAGCAUGUCCUAUUUCCACCUGCAGGUAUCCAUGGCUAACCUGGUACGUGUGCAGCAGGCGCUGUUCCCACCAAGCAGGGGGAUGAUGGAGGCGAUCUAUGGCAUGGGGAUGACCGACACAGUGCGCUUUCUGCGCAGGGAACGCUGGUCUCAAUAAAUGCAGAUGUGUGCAGCCAAGGCUGGCCCAGACUAAGUGUACACAUGCAUGCAUGUAUGUGUGUGAGAGCAUGUGUGGGUGCAUGAGUGCUAGCCUCAGACUCAGUGUGUGCAUGCAUGCAUUUGUGUGUUUGUGUGUGUCUGUGAUGGUCUAGGCUGGCUACAGUGUGUAAAUUG